AUGGACCGCGCGAAGAGGAGGAGCGCGGUCGCCGGCCUCCCCGACGACAUCCUCGUGGAGAUCCUCUCGCGGGUUUCCGUCAAGGACCUCCACAGAUCCAAGUGCGUGUCCAAAGCGUGGUGUGGCCUCGCCACCGACCCCCUCCACCGCAAGGAGCUCCCACAAACCCUACAUGGGUUCUUCUACGGCGGCGGGGGAUACGGUGGUGACACCGGCAGCGAUGACGAAGACGGAGACAGCGACAGCGACAGGGACGACGGCGAGGACGGGGAAACGCGGAUUUGCUACGCAGGUGCGUACGUACGCACGUCAACGGAUGGUGUGGAUGAGGGGGCAUGCAUCCAGAUUCGGAAACAUGGAAACAUGGCUGGGAGAGGAUAUAAUGGCAUGCUAGAGGCCCUGAGAGUUCUUCGCGCAUGGGUGGGUGAGGAGCAAGUUGCAUCUAUUCUUCAGCGAGGGGAGAGACGGGAAAUGGAGGUGUCUGGCGAGGGAGAAGCAGCAGGCGGAGCUGCACCAGGAGAGUCGGAGGAAAGAGGAUCGGCGAUGCGUCCAGAUCCAGGAAGAGAUCGAGGAACGAGCACCGGGAAACGAGGAUGGUGGCAAAAAUGGAGACAAAGGUGCGGCGGCAAUCAAGGGAUCCGGACCAUCGGGUACCUAUGCGACCUCAUACGGGAAAUACAAAAGGUAUGCACAGAACUACACUAG